GAAGUGCUGAGGCUAAUAACACCAUAAAAAAACUCCAAAAAUUCUGGAACACAGUUAUUCAAUCUAUCCCACACUCACACUAACGGCAUCAGCUCCGGCACAAAUGCAUAUACGCUCAAACCAUUCACCUAAAUUGCCAAAUAUGCUAUUCACUUCGUCACAUCUCUGCAUUUCAAGUCUCCCUCAAUCUUCAUCCAAUUACACCUGCGCCGCGCUUCAACAAGAUAUAUUUCUACUUCCCGCUGGCGGUUUUUUGCAGCUCGCCGGAACUACUACGCCGUCGCCCCUUAGGAUAUUGGAGAGAGAAAGCAAAUGCGACGAAUCUAUAAUCAGAAGGAAAAGGAGGAGGAGGAGAAGGAAAAGAAGAAAUACAUUGGAUCGCAUAUACAAUGACGACGAAGAGGAAGUGGAAGUGGAAGUGGAAAAGGAUGAUGAGAUCGCGUUGUUGCCGCCCAAAAAGGCGGGAAAAUCGAGAUUCAUGAACCCUAAAGAAGAGGCGAGAUUCUCCAGGUAUCUCAAGGAAAGAGAGAGAAUUGAAGCUGUGAGAAGAGGAUUAGUAGCGGAAAAAGGGGGAGAUGAUGUUUCCUCAAACGAAUGGGCCAUGGCCGCAGGAAUUAGCCGGCGCAAACUAGACGAGAUCUUGUGGGAUGGGAGAGAAUCAGAGAAUAGAAUCACUAGCUGCUAUCACGGCCUCGUUGUGUCGAUUGCUUCUUCCUAUCUAGGCAGAGGACUGAGCUUGCAGGAUCUGGCUCAGGAAGGAAGCAUCGGCCUUCUUCGAGGUGCGAUCAAAUUCGAUCCAGAUAAAGGCUACAAGCUAUCAACAUACGCUUACUGGUGGAUCAGGCAAUCCAUCACCAGAGCAGUAGCAAGCAAGUCGAAGAUGAUCAGAUUACCGGGCAGCAUAAGCGAGCUGAUCCCCAAAAUCUGCGAAGCCAGCAACGAGUUAAGCAGAGAGCUAGCAAGGGUUCCUACGUACCAAGAGAUCGCAGAAGCUAUCGAUGUGGAUGCAGGAGCUGUAAGGCUUGCUCUCGAGGGAAAAAGAGGUCCGAUCUCUCUGGAUCAAGUAAUGACCAGCUAUGGCUACAUGUCCCUGCAGGAUAUAAUAGCGGGGCCUGAAGAGCUGGGUCCGGAAUUGAUGAUGAAGAAGGAGAUGGUUAGGGCGGAGAUAGGGAAGCUUAUGGAGGAGCUGUGUGAGAGAGAGGCAGAGAUCUUGAGGCUGCACUACGGGUUGAGCGGGGAGUCGCUGUGGUCGUUCGAGGAGAUAGGGAGACUGCUAAAGCUGUCGAGGGAGAGAGUGAGGCAGAUUAAUACUGCUGCAUUGGCCAAGUUGAGGGAGGGAAGCCAAGAAGAUGAUCUCAAAUAUUUCAUCUAGUUGCUAUAAUAGAAUAUGUAGUACAUAUUGAAGCUUCUAAUAUAUCAUGAUAGUGCCUUUUAAAUAGGCUUCUUUUAUAUUGGCUUAAGUUUCAGCGA